AUGGCAUCUAUAAACCUCGUUUAUACACAACUUAGCGCACAACAAGCUUUGCUCCAAGCACAAGCUAACCAGUCGGCAUUCAUUACCCCACCGCAACGGUCUCUGAGUACACACACGACUCAGCAGAUCAAUGCGUGGAAUUUACGCCCAGAAAAAGGACCUGUGCCAAACAUCAGAAAACCAAACGCGCAUGACACGCGCGACACUUAUGGCGAAACAGAAAGCAAGUAUGUCCAAAACCCGCAAAGAAAGCCGAUUCAAAGCCGUCUAGGGCCGCGCAAUAUGAGCACCGAAUGGGAAGACGAAGAAGAAGACCCAACGUAUAAAGGGGAAAGCACAGUGUUCAGCAGGCUACAUCCAGAACACGAGUCGUACAAACCAGCUAAGCGCGCAGGGUACAACCCAAAAGCAGAGCAUGAUUACACCUUGAGCUACCGCCCAGACGACAUGGCUGAAAAUUCAAAGUUUAUCAGGGAAAUUGCUACAGCCGCUAUCGACAAAACAGAACUACCACACAACGUGGGCAAAUACAACGGCUUGACAGACCCAGACGAUCAUCUCCAAGUUUUUAAUGGUGCAGGAGCAACAGGGGGAUGGAAUUUGCCAACUUGGUGCCACCUGUUCGCUCAAACAUUCGUGGGCGCAGCGCGCGUAUGGUUCGACAGCCUGCCAGCAGGAAGAAUCAAAUCGUGGAUUGACUUCCGAGAGAAGUUCCUUGCACACUUCUCCCAGCAGCGAAGACACACCAGGGAUCCUGCUGAUUGUUUAAACAUAUGGCGCAAAGACCACGAAAGCGUGGAAGACUUUAUCACGAGAUAUAACAAAGAGUGUUUAGAAAUUGGAGACGUGGGCGAGAAGAUGAUGCGCGCGCAUUUCAUGAGGGCAGUCAAAUGCGACGAUCUAAUCAAGAGAGUAAAAGGAAGAGACGGAGGACCCAAAUAUUGGGAAACCUUCAUUCAGGCAGCCAAGACUAUUGCUCAAACAGACAAACAGUUGACCGGUGAUGAUCACCGUCAGCUCGGAUAUAACCACAGUGACCGACACAAUAAAAAGGGUAGAAGCCAACCAUGGAAAACGUCUGGUCACAGAGAAAGAAGCCCAACAAGAGAGGAUGCGCGCCACACAAUCAAUCAAAUAGCCCACCAAAAGGAAGUAAAAAGAGAAAACAGGGAGAAACAGUGGACACCACUAACAAAGACCCCCUCUGAAGUCCUGGCCACUGAGAAUCACCAGUUCAAACCACCCCUACAAAUGCGAAACAAGAGGGGUCAAGAUCCCAAUCUCUUCUGCGAAUUUCACAAAGACACAGGCCACCUAACUGACGACUGUUUCAGUCUAAAGCAAGAAAUCGAAAGGGCCAUGAGAGAUGGAAAGCUCACUCAUUUGGUGAAGGGCGGAAAGCGCGACUACCGCCAAAUUCAAAGGAGAGAAGAAGGGCCAGAUAACAAAAAGCUCAGGAAGUUAGAAACGCACAUGGUUCAAGGGGUCCGCGAAGGCCAAGAAAGAAUUACAACAAGCGCACACAAGAUGACUCAUGGCGCGAGAGGCAAGUUGUUUUCCCAAUCGUAA